GUCCUCAGUGCAGGGCAACAGAAACCCUGACGUGUGAACAUGGCUUCUCUCAUUAAUCGUUGUCCCUUUGCCACCCGGGACCCUACUGUGUUCCUGAGGGUAGCUCGCCCUUUUCUCCUGCGCAGUGCGGAACGCUGCCCAAUCAUGGUGACCCGCAGCCUGUCCACUUCUGCAGGAUAUGAGCAGAGGGCUAAGGACAUCCCACCAGCCACCGGAGUAUCAACUGGAGCUUCCAACAGACGCACCCUCGCUCAGGCAGCCCCUCAAGCUGCCAUUGCAAAUGCCACGUGCCCAUUUAUCGAGAAUGAGAUUGGGAAGGGUGAGGGCAGCAUUGUGCAUAGGGCUGGACCACAAGUCCAAGAGGAUAUCAGCGCUUUUAAAACAGAUGCCCUCAGCUCUCUACUGAUAGAAGUCCAGUCUAGCCUGAAGAAGAAAUUUCUGACCCCUUCUUCUAAAAAAGUCAACCUAGGAACUGGUGCUCCACUCAUACCAACACAUCUGAUUAAGGAGAACAUGUCCGGUCGAGCUGCCUUUGGCUAUGAUGAUUUCUUUAGCCGGAGAAUUGAAGAGAAGAAAUCAGACCACACGUACCGAGUGUUCAAAACUGUGAACCGCAGGGCUGAUGCCUAUCCAUUUGCUGAGGAUUACUCUGAUCUCCAUGGUGAGAAGAAGGAAGUGUCCGUUUGGUGCAGCAAUGACUACCUGGGCAUGAGUCGGCACCCAAGGGUGCUCAAAGCAAUCUCGGAGGCUCUACAAGAACACGGAGCAGGGGCAGGUGGGACAAGGAACAUUUCAGGGACCAGCAAGUAUCACGUAGACUUGGAGUGUGAACUAGCUGAUCUUCACAACAAGGAUGCAGCCUUGCUUUUCUCCUCCUGCUUUGUAGCCAAUGACUCUGCUCUCUUUACAUUGGCCAAGAUGCUGCCAGGUUGUGAGAUCUACUCAGAUGCUGGGAACCAUGCCUCCAUGAUACAGGGCAUCCGAAACAGCGGCGUUACCAAAUUUGUCUUCCGUCACAAUGACCCUGCACAUCUUGAGGAACUGCUUCAAAAGGCAGACCCUAAAACUCCCAAGAUAGUGGCCUUUGAGACAGUGCAUUCUAUGGAUGGUGCAAUCUGCCCCCUGGAGGAGAUGUGUGACGUGGCGCACAAAUACGGUGCUAUGACCUUUGUAGAUGAGGUGCACGCCGUGGGAUUGUAUGGCACGCAUGGAGCAGGUGUGGGUGAGAGAGAUGGUGUGAUGCACAAAAUGGAUAUUAUCUCAGGAACUCUGGGUAAGGCUUUCGGCUGCGUGGGUGGAUACAUCGCCAGCACUGCUUCUCUUAUAGACACUGUGCGUUCUUACGCCGCCGGCUUCAUCUUCACCACUUCCCUCCCUCCCAUGGUGCUGGCAGGCGCAGUGGAGUCUGUGCGGGUUCUGAAGAGCGAGGAGGGGCAGGCCCUGCGUCGUGCUCACCAGCGCAAUGUGAAACACAUGCGCCAACUGCUGAUGGAUGCAGGGCUGCCAGUCAUUAAUUGCCCCAGCCACAUCAUCCCCAUACGGGUUGGAAACGCCGCCAUCAACAGCAGGAUCUGCGACGUCCUCCUUUCCCAAUAUAACAUCUACGUUCAAGCCAUCAAUUACCCGACUGUGCCCCGAGGAGAAGAACUUCUGAGACUGGCUCCCUCGCCCCACCACACACCUGACAUGAUGAGCUACUUUGUGGAGAGCGUUGUGAGCGCAUGGAAAGAGGUGGGGAUGCCCUUGCACACACCAUCUGCUGCCGAGUGCAACUUCUGCCAUCGUCCAUUGCACUUUGACCUGAUGAGCGAGUGGGAACGCACCUACUUUGGGAACAUGGAGCCAAAAUACAUUACUAUGUAUGCCUAGAACUAUAUAGAACACCAGGAACCCAUUUGCUAAACCCACACCUUUACAUCUCUUGCUUUGCUAAACUAGGUUAUAGGUGCAUUGCAUCUUUCCAUAGCCAGAACCUCUCUCAAAAUGUCAGGACUUAUGUUCCUUCUUUAGAUCUCUGGGAUCUGUAGUCUGUGGUUCCCCCACCCCCUGCUGCUGAACUAAAACUGGCACCAUCUAUACAGAUGGCACAGACUGCAGAUCCCUGGCAAAUUCUUGUUUCUGUUUCUCACUUCCACCUAAACUUCUGCUUAUUGCACUUACUGUAAACACUGAUGCUUCACCUUUGAGUUAACUUUUAGUAGAAGGUAGAGAGUCAUAUUCUGAGUCAUUGGUUUUCAUUUAUUAUUAUUUGUGGAUUUUGAGUUAUUUAGCAGCUCUCCAGUUUGCAAUUUCAGCAAUCUAGUUGCUAGGGUCCAAAUUAGACCAGCAACCGUGCAUUGAUUUGAAUAAGAGACUGGAAUAUGGAUAGGAGAGGCCUGAAUAAAAAGAUGAGUAAUAAAAAGUAACAAUACAGUGACCCCCAUUUGAAAGCUGGAAAGAAUCAGAAGAAAAAGGCAAAUAAUUUGAAAACUAAAA